GGCUGGGAUCACGUGGUGCUGACGGCCUCCAUUUUGAAGCGGCCGGUUCGGGGGAGUCGGGCUGCCGAGGCGGGGAGAAGAGAGCGGAGUCUGAAAGCAUGCCUGCCUACUUCCAGAGACCGGAGAAUGCCCUCAAGCGGGCUAACGAGUUCUUGGAGGUUGGCAAGAAACAGCCUGCUCUUGAUGUGUUGUAUGAUGUCAUUAAGAGCAAAAAGCAUCGAACAUGGCAGAAAAUACACGAGCCUAUUAUGCUCAAAUACCUGGAGCUGUGUGUGGAUCUCCGGAAGAGCCACCUGGCGAAAGAAGGAUUGUAUCAGUACAAGAAUAUCUGCCAGCAGGUGAAUAUCAAGUCUUUGGAAGAUGUGGUUAGGGCUUAUCUAAAAUUAGCUGAAGAAAAAACUGAAGCAGCUAAAGGGGAAUCCCAACAAAUGGUACUUGAUAUUGAGGACCUGGACAAUAUUCAAACUCCAGAAAGUGUGCUGUUAAGUGCAGUUAGUGGAGAGGACACCCAGGAUCGCACAGAUCGCCUUUUGCUCACGCCUUGGGUCAAAUUUCUUUGGGAGUCCUACAGACAGUGUUUGGAUCUGUUGCGUAACAAUUCUAAAGUGGAGCGUCUUUAUCAUGACAUUGCUCAACAAGCUUUCAAGUUCUGCCUGCAGUAUACUCGUAAGGCAGAAUUCCGCAAGUUAUGUGAUAACUUGCGUAUGCACUUGGGACAGAUCCAGCGUCACCAUAACCAAAGCACAGCAAUCAAUCUUAAUAAUCCUGAAAGCCAGUCCAUGCAUCUGGAGACACGACUUGUACAACUAGAUAGUGCAAUUAGUAUGGAGCUUUGGCAGGAAGCUUUCAAAGCGGUUGAAGACAUUCAUGGAUUAUUCUCCUUAUCUAAGAAGCCUCCCAAACCCCAGUUGAUGGCAAACUACUACAAUAAAGUUUCCACAGUAUUCUGGAAGUCGGGAAAUGCUCUGUUUCAUGCAUCCACUCUUCACCGACUAUAUCAUUUGUCCAGAGAGAUGAGAAAGAAUCUUUCUCCAGAGGAGAUGCAGAGGAUGUCUACCAGAGUACUUUUGGCUACUUUAUCAAUUCCUAUUACCCCUGAAAGAACAGACAUUGCCCGGUUGCUAGACAUGGAUGGUAUCAUUGUUGAAAAGCACCGACGACUAGCUACGCUGCUGGGAUUACAGGCACCUCCAACACGGCAAAGUUUAAUUAAUGACAUGGUGAGAUUCAAUGUGAUGCAGUAUGCGGUACCUGAGGUGAAGGAUGUCUACAACUGGUUAGAAGUGGACUUCCACCCACUCAAACUUUGUGGGCGUGUUACUAAGGUUCUCAAUUGGGUUCGAGAUCAGUCAGAAAAAGAACCUGACCUUCAGCACUAUGUGCCUCACUUGCAGAACAACACUAUCCUUCGACUUCUUCAACAGGUUGCCCAAAUAUAUCAAAGUAUUGAGUUUACUCGAUUGGCUUCCUUGGUUCCAUUUGCUGAUGCUUUUCAGUUGGAGCGUGCUAUUGUUGAUGCUGCCAGACACUGUGAUUUGCAGGUUCGCAUAGAUCAUUCUACCCGUACUUUGAGCUUUGGCUCCGACCUUAACUAUUCUCCACGAGAAGAUUCACCAGUGGGUCCCUACUUGCAGCCGAUGCCCUCUGAACAGAUUAGAAGCCAACUCACUGCAAUGUCUGCUGCAUUAGCCAGAGCUAUACAAGUUGUUAAACCAGCACAUUUGCUUAGUGAGAAGGAGGAACAGCACCAGCAAGCUGUUAGUGCUUAUUUGAAGAAUGCCAGGAAGGAACAUCAACGUAUCCUUGCCCGUCGUCAAACUAUUGAAGAGCGAAAGGAGCGUUUGGAAAGCCUGAAUGUUCAGCGGGAGAAAGAAGAAAUGGAACUGCGAGAGGCAGAGCUUCAGAAAGUCCGUAAAGCUGAAGAAGAACGUUUGCGUCAAGAAGCUCAAGAAAGAGAGAAAGAGCGCCUCAUGCAAGAGCAUGAAAACAUCAAGCGAAAGCAUGUGCGGGAAAGGUUGGAGCAGAUCAAAAAAACUGAACUGGGUGCUAAGGCAUUUAAAGAUAUUGACAUUGAGGACCUUGAAGAAUUGGAUCCAGAUUUCAUAAUGGCCAAGCAGGUUGAACAACUGGAAAAAGAAAAGAAGGAACUUCAAGAACGUCUGAAAAAUCAGGAAAAAAAGAUUGAUUUUUACGAACGAGCUAAACGAUUAGAGGAAAUACCUUUGCUCAAAAAAUCUUUUGAGGAACAGCGAAUAAAAGAUAUGGAAUUGUGGGAACUUCAAGAGGAAGAAAGGAUCACCAAUAUGAAAGUAGAGCGUGAGAAAGCACUGGAACACAAGAAUCGGAUGUCAAGAAUGAUGGAGGAUCGGGAAUUGUUCCUGGCGAAACUUAUGGCUUCGCGGCGCACUGUAUACGAGGAAAAACUAAAGAAUUUCCAAGAGAAGCUCAAUGAAGAACGGCACUUGCGUUUAGAGGAACGCAAGCGACAACGUAAAGAGGAAAGACGCAGGAUUUACUAUAUAGAAAAAGAGGAAGAAGCUCAGAGACUGGAGGAGGAAAAGCUUAAGAAAGAACGGGAAGAGAGGGAACGUGCUGAACGUGAGAAACGGGAAGCAGAAGAGCGCGAAUACCAGGAAAAGCUAAGAAAAUUGGAAGAAACUGAAAGGAAACGCCGCCAAAGAGAGAUGGAAAUCGAAGAACGAGAACGUCGAAAAGAGGAAGAGAGGAAACUUGCUGAAGAUCAGAUUCGGAGAAAGGAUUUGCAUCGCUGGAGUGACAGAGAUAGUGAUCGAGAUGGCUGGAGGGAUUCCCGUGUUAUAGAAAGAGACUCUGAAUGGAGACGUGGUGGAACUGAUGCAGAGUGGCGCCGAGGAGAAAGUCGAGGCUUUGAUGAUGAAAGGCCUGCGUUCCGCCGAGGAGAGGACAGAAUCCGACGGGAUGAUGAUAGGGAACCACUGUUCAGGAGAGGAGAUGAUGAUCGGGGUAUGCUGUUUAGAAAAGGUGAUGAUGACAGGGGAUCUUGGAGGGAUGAUGACAGACCUCGCCGUGAUGAUGACAGGGGCCCUCGACGUGCCGAUGAUUCAAGACCUGGCCCAUGGAGACCACUUGAGAGACCUGGUGGUGGAUGGCGAGAGAGAGAGAGAGCACGUGAAGAAAGCUGGGCCCCACCCAGAGACAUCAGGUCUUCAGAAGAUAACCGGGAUAGAGACCGUGAUUUGGAUCGGGAUCAAGAUCGACGUACAGCAUUUAGAGACAAGGAUGAAGGCCCUUGGAGACGUGGUGGUUCUGAAGAGACUAGUAGCUGGAGAGAGAUUCCUCGGCGUGAUGACUGGGAUGGUGACCGCGAUCGUAGAGACUUCCGUGAACGCCGAGACAUAAGGGAUCGUAAAAUUGAGCCAGAACGUCGUGCUCCACCUGUUAGGGGUGAUCGAGAUGAGGGUGUAUGGCGACGUGGUGGUGAGGAUCGAAGAGCUGAAAGCCAGGAUGACAAAGAGAUAAAGGGUACACCCGUAAAAGGUCCACCACAAAAGGACAAUGAUCAAGAAAAAUCAGCCUGGCGAACUGAUAAGGAUAAAGAGGCAUCUCGUCGCAUCAAAAAUGAAAUUGAUGAAGAAGGUUGGACUACAGUGCGUCGCUAAAAGUACAUCAAUGUCCUGUUCACCAAGACACACGGGCUGAAUUCUUUUGAAUCUGAAUUAUAGUAACUUUAUGGCAAACUCUUAAUCUUUUCGAAGUUAAUUAAAUUGCCAUUUGCUAAACUGUACGCAUGUACCUAUUUUAGUACAGCAAACUUAAUACAAGCUGAUCAUGCAACUAAAAUAAUAGAAGCCUGCAAAGUUACACCUGUUGCAUGUCAAAGCAUUUCCUCUACUAAGUCAGCCUGUUAGUUGACAAUGAUAGUAAGGGAAUACAAUUCACAUCUAGUGCAGCAGUAAAGUGAAAAGACAAUGCCUUCCCUUUACUUGUCAGCCCGUCACUUUGGUAACAUUGAUGGUAAAUGAAGAGCAUUGACAUUCUGCACAGCUGUAAUGUGAAAGGAAAAUGCACACCAAACCUCUAUCUCCAAAUUUUAUCAACUGAUUUGGAUAAAGUUAGCCUUGCUGUAUGAUGUGGAUGUGAUUAAGGCUUUUAAUAUACAACUAUUUGGUACUUGUGUUGCCAGUACGUCUGCUGCCAUCAUACUGUGGAUUGUGUGAACAUAUUUUUAAAAUGUCACAUUAUUUAAACCUUGCAGUUUGGAGAAUUUUUGGUCAGGUUUGCUAAUUCUCUUUUCAUUUGGAUGAUUAAAUAGAAUCAGAUCUAGUUUUCUUCCCAUCUUUCGAAUAAAGGUUUUCCUCAUCAGAUUUGUCUUUCUAGUAAUUGUGUUGCAUACUAUCACACUAAGUUGGUUUCAGGGGGGAAAAAGUCAAAUAACUUGUGCUUAGUGGCUGUUUUUGUUCAUUUGAAUUAAGUCCUAGAUGUUGCAGGUCAAAAUGUAUGAAACAUUUAUUUGUUUCCUCUAUGGGGUUGGAGCUGAGAAAACUGCAGAUCCCAUAUUUUGUGAUCAAACACUGAGACAGACUUGAUCAGCUGAGGAAAAUAACAGCUGAGGGAAAAUUGUGAAAUUUUAUUUCUCUGCUACCAGCAGCCGUAGACUCUUCAUCAGAAAACAGUCAAGAUUGAAAGUUUGUAUAGGGAUGCUAACCAAAAUCAUUUACAUUAUUCAUGGAAAUAAGUUCCAAUAUCAAAUUUGGGAGUAAAUAACAUUUUAGAACUGCUUAAUUCUGGAACUAAAUUAAUCUCACUUCUUUCAUUACUUCUAUAACUGUUCACUAGCUUGCUGUCUGCCAUUCAACUGCUACUGCAGUUGGUUUCUUGAUGUGCUAAUUUGAAACAUUUGUCAGUUUUGUAAUUUGCAUCUGCAGCUAAGGUACACAAGCUUUUUGCUAAUCUUUUUGUAUAAUGGUAUCAAAAUGCUGUGAAAUACACAACCCAUCCAUUGCCAAUGUAGCUUGGAAACUAAUUAUUAAACACUGCAGCUAAUAAGAGUUGCUAUAAGUGUUGGCUGCUGUGCAUAUUAUCAGAACAUUUGAUGCUCUUGAAACUUUUCACUUUUGGAAAUAGACUUGCCUUCUACUAUUAUCAUAGUGUUUUCAUUCAAAUAUAUGUUAUCCAGUUGCUGAAGUAUAGUAGAAAACAACUUUUGGUUGGACUACUCAGUGCAUGAAGAUGAAUUAAUUCUCUUCUGCUUUCAUCUGCUUUGAACUUUUUGCAAGCUUUAACUGUGCUGCCUGAGAAAAUUAUAAGAUUAACCUGACUGAAGUAGAAAAAUAAAUUUGUUUAAUGUGAAGCAACUUAAGUGACCUUUUGUGCCACCAGUAGAGGGAGCAGAUACUUGCAGAAGGAAGAAAUGGAAGUUGCACAAAUUUGGUUUGCUGGGGUUUAAAAUUGAGCCUUAAAUGUAACAAACUUUUUUUUCAAAAAAAAAUUGAAUGUUUUGCCUUUCUGAUGUAGCACCUAAUGUUCUGUAGUAGCUUGAAUUUCUAUUUCUCAUAACCACUAUCUUAUUUGAUUUUUUUUUAAAACAAGCAGCAUUGAUCACUUUCCUGGUUAUCUACCAUCAACAGUUAAGUUAGUAAUCCAUUUAAAAUCACUUUAAUGAGCUGGGUUAUCAAAAGUUCAAUGCAAUGUGGGUAAGGUUUCCAUAUCCAUCGCUAGGCUUCGAUUAGUGCAAUCAUUGGCCCGAAGUAGUGAGAGCUUGCCAAAGCUAGUUUAUAUUCCACUAGGAUCCAUAAGGCUUCAAAACUACCUGUUAUCCAAACAAAUGUUCUGAAUUUGAGCUGAACUGAGAGACAAUGCUCAGGCUGUUAAGGGAUCCUAGUGAAGUUAAAAUCAAUGGGAAUCAUGAGUUUAUUUUUUUAAAAGGAAAAUCAGCUUAGCUACCAGAUGUUAAGUAGGAAUAGCUUCACACAGACUCAAACAGCGCUGAGGCCUGAACUGAUGUGUUGUAGAAGUGAUAGUUACAACUUGUGUGUAAAUCAACAAAGCAGUCACUGGCCCAUGACAUUCAAUAGCAUCACAAUUAGGAACCUUUGUAUCAACAGCCUGGGCAUUUGCCACAUCUUCAUAACACUUAAUUUAUUCAUGGCAUGGGUAUUGCCAGCAAUCACUACUCAUUACUUGAAGGUGAAGAAUUGUUUGAUUUAACUGCAGUGGUGUAGGUACUCAAUAUUGUGUGUGGUAAUAUGCACUGUUCAUGACUGAAGAUGUAAUUAUGCUGUUCUUGUACUUGGAUAAGGGUCCUAAUUACAGUUGGGGUAGCACAGUAGCACAGUAGUUAGUGUGAUGCUAUUACAGUGCCAGCGAUCAGGAUUUGAUUCCUGUCACUGUCUGUUAGGAGUCUGUAUGUUCUCCUGUGCCUGUUUGGGUUUCCUCCAAGUGCUCUGGUUUCCUCCCACAUUCUACAAGACCUACGGGUAGGUUAAUAUGGGGGUUUAAAAUGGGUGGCAUGGACUCAUUGGGCCAGAAGGGCCUGUUACCAUGCUGUAAAUAAAAUUUAAAGAUUUAAGUAGCUUGAUUUGGUGUUUAUAGACACUAAUAAAUUCUGAAGGAAUAACAGGGUGGACAGCCAUUAGAACUGGUUUAUUCUUUCUGAAAAGUAAGUUCUUCAGGGGGACAAUAGCAUGUUAUGCAUCCACCAGGUCUAGAUUAACAAUUCAAACAACUAUCCCUACUCAAGGCAAUCAGUAACUUGGGUUGCUAUCCAAUGCCCAGAUGCCAGCUCUAACCAGGGAUAGAAACCUAAAAUAGCUGGAAUGCUUGGCAUCUACCAAUUAACAUAAGGAAUGGAUCACCCCAUAUUAGAUCUAUGUGGUCUUAUAGAUUGUUACCAUUUAAAAUGGGAAAAAGUUAAAUUUGUUUAGAGAUACAAUAAAAGUAAUGUAUAUAUGGG